UGAUCAGUCGUGACCCAGACAACAUGAAGACUGCGGCUAUCUCGCUGCUUAUCGGUGUGUAUGUGCUGCUGCAGUCUGCACUGACUGUUUCUGCAGUGUCUCUGUCUGUCAGCCCAAACCUUCAGCAGUUCUUCAGUGGACCUUCUUCAGUGUAUCUGAGUUGUGUUGAUGAUGGACAGACAGUUGAUGGAUGGACAGUGAAGAGGACCAGAGGAGGACUUACUGAGGACUGUGGAGCAGCUGCAGGUUUUGGGGAGUUUAAAAGUUACACCUGCAUUUUCUCAGACAUCUCCGAGUCAGACUCUGCAGGUUACUGGUGUGAAACCAGUUCUGGACAGAGGAGUGAUCAGAUCAACAUCACUGUAACUGAAAAACAUCUUAUCCUUGAGGUUCCUGCACUUCCUGUGAGGACAGGAAGUGAUGUCACACUGUGCUGCAAACAAAGGAAUGGUGACACAGUUCAGGGUUAUUUCUCCAUCAAAGGAAGUUCUGUUGGUCCUAAACGAGAGCACAGCAUCACUAACAUCCAGCAGUCUGAUGAAGGUCUCUACUGGUGCUCUACUGAUGACGGUGGAAAGUCUCCUCAGAGCUUUCUGAGGGUCAGAGAUCCUCAUCUUCUUCAAACACCAUCUCCCUCCUCUCCCCCUGUAAACUCUCCUCUUUCUUUUACUCUUUCCAUUCACCCCCCAGCCUCCUCCCCCACUCCUCCCUCUCUCCUGGUCACAGUUGUAGCAAGUCUCGUCUCUGUGGUUCUCUUGGUUCUAGUUGUGGGUGGAGUUCUGUUCUUCUGCAGGGAAAUAAAAGGAGGUAACAACUCUACUCCCCCUGAAGAUGUGAUUUAUGCUGAUGUCAGACUCAGAAAGAUGUCCAGCACAAAAGAACAACCAGCUGUUCUGGAUCUUGUGUAUUCAUCAGUGAGAGCAGGAAAUUGAAGCCAUAUAGCCUGAUGGACCUUCUACUCUGGAUUUCUUUAACUGUUAAAUUGAUAUGAUUAUAUACGUAAUAGACA